ACUUAUAAUAUCACUAUAUUAUAAUAUUACUUUAAUAGCAUGCUUAUUAUCAUUAUAUCAUUACAUUAUUGUGAUAAAGCUUUUAACUCUGAAACACACCAUGGGUUUAUUUUACUGGUAAGAGCACCUUUACAGAGCAACGAUGAAGAGGUGAUAAAUGUAUCGCAUCCCUGGAAGUGAAAUUAAAUCGCAUCCCAUAAAAUGAUGCUUUUACUGCCCCGUCAUUAAUUUGGCCGUGUGCCUUUGCGUUUCCUUCAAUGCAGUUUGGCUCUCGUGAAGUCAUGGGCAAGUUGGCCAUCAAGCAAACACUGGUGGCUGCGCUGGUGGCAGCGGUGGGAUGUGUGUCCAUCAUUGCUUUGAUCCUCACACUCGCCCAGCAUCACAAAGCUGAUUUACCACCUGGCUUUCAGUACGGCAUGGUGUUUGACGCCGGCUCCACGCACACCGCCCUCUUCCUUUACCAGUGGCCGGGGGGCAAGGAGAACAACACGGGUGUCGUGUCUCAGGUCCUCGUUUGCCAUGUGGAUGGCCCCGGUAUCUCAAGCUACGGUCCCGACCCCCCGGGAGCUGGGCGGAGCCUAACGCCGUGUCUGGAUGUUGCCGGGGAUGCCGUCCCACCCGGGCAGCGGGGGGCGACACCCGUCUACUUGGGUGCCACGGCUGGGAUGCGGCUUCUCGCUUUGCAGAAUGCCACUCGGUCCAGCCAGGUGUUGGAGGAGGUAGCGAAGACCAUCCAGAGAUACCCCUUUGAUUUCCGAGGGGCGAGAAUCCUUUCCGGCACGGAGGAGGGGGCGUACGGCUGGAUCACCAUCAACUACCUGUUGGAGGGAUUCAUCAAGUUUUCCUUUCAGGGGAAAUGGCUGCAUCCCGCGGGAGCCGAGAUCCUGGGGGCUCUGGACAUGGGCGGCGCCUCCACGCAAAUCGCCUUCAGGCCGCGAGAGCCCGCGCAGGAGCCGGAGUCGGCCGUCCGCUUCCGACUCUACGGCUUCGACUACGACGUGUACACUCACAGCUACCUGUGUUACGGCAAGGAGCAGGCCAUGAAGCGGCUGCAGGCGGAGCUCCGUCAGGCAAACUUUUCCCAGAGAAUCAACCACCCUUGCUACCACAUGGGCUUUGAGCUCACGGUGACCCUGGGUGACCUCUACGCCUCUCCUUGCAUAAGGAAGCCCGCACAGUUUGACCCUGCGGCCAACGUGACCUUUUUCGGAAGCGGCGACCCCCAGCGGUGUCUGGCUCUCGUCAGAAAAAUAUUUAAUUUCACAGAAUGCCGCUUUCCUCCGAACUGCGCCUUCAACGGCGUCUACCAGCCAGCUGUCAACGGAUAUUUUUUUGCCUUCUCUGCGUACUUCUACACAUUCAACUUUCUUGGCCUGGCCCCUCGGGCUCCGCUGGACCGAGUCAACAGCACCAUAGACGCCUUCUGCAGGAAGAGCUGGAAAACGGUGAAGGCAGAGCAUCCGAAAGAGAAAGAAAACUACCUUCAGGAUUACUGCGCCUCGGCCGUCUACAUGACGACUAUUCUGCUGGAAGGAUAUCGUUUCAACGAGAGCUGGGACAACAUCUACUUCCAGAAGAAGGCAGCAGACACCGAUAUCGGCUGGACGCUGGGAUACAUGCUUAACCUCACCAAUCUGAUGAGCAGAGAAACCCCUCCGGCGGUGACGGGGGUGCUUGCCGAGCAGUGGGCCGCGGGCAUCUUCUUCAUCUCCUUCGCCGUCUUCCUCAGCUUCCUCAUUCUCAUCCUCCUUUUCUCCUGGAAUCCAGACUACUGACGGAAGAGCUCGCAUCGUUUAUCGAUAAAUCCGUACAGAUUUUAUUACUUCCAGCGAUACAGGCUUUCGAAGCACAAGGCGAAGGACUUAGUACAAUGUUUGUUUUUAUAAGCAGCCUGUACUGAUACAAACGUGCAGCAGCAUAAGGAAAAAGUGAUGGGUCUCAUCAUGUAUCAUAAGCUGGAAGUGGAAUAGCACAGUGACACUUUUCACUCUUCUUUAUAGUUACAGUAACUCAUUUGUAAAGGGAUUUACAACGUUAAACUACGUAGAGUUAUUUACCCAUUUAUACAACAGGGUCAUUUUACUGGAGCAAUUUAGGGUAAGUACCUUGUUCAAGGGUACUAGAGCUGGAGGUGGGAUUCAAACCUGCGACCUUGGAGUUGAAAGGCAACAGUGCCAACCACUGCGCUACCAGCUGCCCCAAUUAGUACUAAUCCAUAUGUUAAUACUGUAUUUAAUGUAAGAAAAAGAAACAACGAAGCUAAAUGUUUGCUUCUGAAUUUAUAGUAAGGAAAAUGCUUCGACCGUCACAUUUAAUGGGACUGCUACUGUAUCCUGGGACUGUCUUUGAGAACUUUAUUACUCAGUGGCUGCAGCUAAGCAUUUAUGGUAGAAAAAUUUAUUUAAUCUUAGCAUUAUUAAAAAAAAUUCUCCAGUGGACAAAGCUGGUAUGAGAACUAGAAACUCUCAGAUCAUUAUUAACACUGUUUUAUUAAUUUAUUAAGAAAUUGUCAGUUCAUUAAUUGGUUCACUUGCAUUUUCAUCACGUGGCUCACAGUACUCCACCCAUUUGAACAGCAGGGUAUUUACUGGAGUAAUUUGUGGUAGGUAUGUUACUCAAGGGUACUGCAGCAGUAGCAGGAACUGAUGCUUGAAUGACCUUCAGCCUUCCAGUUACUCGUUUAGGUCCUUAAUCUGUACACUUCCUGUUGCCCCGCUGGUAAAAUUAAUUCGGCAACUUAUUAAUCUAAAGUUUGCAAAAAUGAUUUAGAAAGAUUUAAAGUGAUGUUUCAUAAUAGCCUAAGAACACCGGAUUAUAAUAGUAGAAAAACAGCUCAGCCCAAGA